GUAGCACUGCUUGUCUUUGGGUGUGUCUAACAGUCCAAAAAUACCGAAAUUAUUUAUUUUAAAAGCAUUAUAAGCUUUCUAACAAAUAUGUGUAAAUGAGUGAGGUUGUAUGAAACAAUUGGUGCAAAUAGCAACAAAAUGAGAAUCGACAGAAGUUAUCUGCUGUUAUUACUGCUACCAACUUGUAAUGCCAACUAUUUUGGAAGUGAAACAUUAUCAAAUGGGGUAUUAGUACCCAAAGUGGAAGGCGAGGAUGUUGUGUCUUGGUGCACAACCUCGGUUUUAGAGCAGAAGAAAUGUCUGAAACUAUCGCAAACUGCUAUGCAAGACAAGGGGCUGUUUGGACGAGAUUAUAUUGAUAUACAAUGUAAACAAGCUUUCGACACUGAAGAAUGUAUGACGUGGGUAGAUAGAGGAGAGGCAUCCCUUCUGGCUUUGGACGCAGGAGAAGUGUAUGUUGCUGGAAGGUUCCAUUCCCUGGUGCCAAUUAUACAGGAGCUGUACGGUCGCGGAGAGCCCUAUCAAUAUGCAGUGGCGGUCGUCAAAAAGGGUGGACUACCAGCGGUGCAGGCUGGCAGUGGACUGCACGGCCUGAGGGGUGCCAGAGCCUGUUUCCCUGGCGUGGGCGCUCUGGCAGGAUGGGUCAUGCCUAUACACGUGUUAAUGCGAGAGGGCGGUCUCAAAGUGACGGACUGCAAUAACCACGUAAAGUCCGCGAUACAGUACUUCGGCGAAUCGUGCGCACCCAACUCCUUGAAGGACAUGUACAACCCAAUUGGAGAUAACCCAGAUCAGUUGUGUAAACUGUGCGCCGGUGGUGCGGGGGUGCGGUGUACCCUGGCCGACCCACACGCUGGUUACGAAGGCGCAUUAAAAUGUCUCCUGGCCGACGGUGGGGGGGAGAUCGCCUUCGUGAGGGACACCACCAUCCAACACACGCUGAUGUCGCAGAGGAUAUUGGGUGGUGUGUCAGAGGACCGCUUCGAGCUGGUCUGCCGCGACGGUUCCAGGAUGCCGGUGCAGGAGUGGGAACGCUGUAACUGGGGCCGCGUCCCCGCCGACGCUGUGGUCACGAGCAGUGCCGCCACCGUCAAGCAAAGGAAAAAAUACCAAAAUCUCCUGCUCAAAUUUCUGGAGCUAUACGGAGAACCGAACCCUCUGAACAAGAUUUCCAACCGCACCCUGGACUUCCAAGCUCGCGACCCGUACGGCAACCUGGUCACUUCCACCACUCCACCUUCGCAGCGUUACUACGACCCCUACAGACCUGACCAGACCGUAGACAACAGUCGACAGUUCGACAACAAACAAGAAGGCUUAUCGCCUUUCAAAGCCCGCUUGGAUCCAUCGGGACGUCCGAUCGAGUUGCCGUUCCAACUGUUCAAAUCGGGUGACACUACGGAUCUUUUAUUACAGGAUGCAACCAUAAACUUUAGGGUAAUCAAAGAGGACCAGCAGGCCGCCAAUCACUUGCUGAACAACGAGUUCGUGGGCGACCAGGCUGAGAAGGCAGUCAUGGGCAUUCGGGACUGUCCCGUCAAGAGGGCAACUCUGUGUGUCACAAGCGAACCUGAGAUGGACAAAUGUGUCAAAAUGAGGGUUGCGAUGAAGGCCGCGUUCCUGUCGCCCACACUGGUGUGCUGGCGGGCACACAGCGCACGGCACUGCGAGCGAGCGAUCGCUGAGGGCACCAGCGACUUCGCGAUAUUCGACGCGGCGGACAUGCUACACGCGGCGUACAGACACCGCCUCGUACCCUUCAUGCAGGAGGUGUACUCGAGCGGCAACAAUUGGUACUACGCCGUGGCGGUGGCCAAAGAGCAAGACCCGGAUACGGAUCUGACGUACCUGCGCGGCAAGAACUCUUGCCACACUGGCAUUGGCAUGGCUGCCGGGUGGAUCUACCCGCUCGCUUACCUCAUCUCUAAUGGAUGGAUUCGGUCGUACGGCUGCGACGGCGCUCACGCCGCGGCUCAGUACUUCACCAAGUCAUGCGCUCCUGGUGCCCUCAGCAGCGAGUACGUGGACGCGGGCACCGUGCCUCACGACAACCUUUGCCACCUGUGCCAUGGCGCCGCCUACCGUCGCUGCCGUCGUGACGCCAGUGAAGACUACUACGGCCACGUGGGCGCCGUCCGCUGCAUGGUGGAGGGGGGUGGCGAUGUGGCGUUCGUCCGCCACACCGCACCGCACGAGGUGAGCGGCGGGCGGCGACGCGAGUGGUGGGCCCGAGACUUGCUGCCCGACGACCUUCAGCUACUGUGCCCGGAUGGAACCCGCGCUAAGAUGCACGAAUACAAGCACUGCAAUCUGGGUAGAGUCCCGGGCUCCGUUCUGAUGGGGCGGGCUAACCACACGGAGCUGGACACGUACUCCAACCUCAUGGUGUACGCGCAGCAGUUCUACGGCGCCACAACCGCUGACGAGUUCAGCUUCAGCAUGUUCUUGUCCCAUCCGCCGUACUCAGACCUCAUCUUCAGCGACGCAGCGGUCCGCCUAAAGCCGCUGCCACACAGCAAGAGAUCCGCCGAAUUGGUUGCGGGAAAAGCUCUAAUACGCGCGGCGAGGAUCGUCUCGUGUGACGCGCCACAAGCUUCGUACUACAUCGCUUCGGACCCGGACUUUUUGUCGGAAGGUUUCAAAUCCGGUGUCUUUGGACAUUUAAUUGCUCUUACAUUAUUUAUAUUGGUUUUGUUACGUUAAAAGACAGACUAUCGGGUGAAAGAAAUAAUUGCAGUUUGGCUGCACAUUCCGCGUGAUCGGCUACUAUUAUUUCUUAUAAGCCAGUAUGUAUGUUUCAAUUCAUAAAGUUGCUUUACGGGUAUCGCGGAUUGUACUAAUGAACUAUUCCAUCCAAAUUAAGUGCCUUAAAAUAAGAAUUAAAUUAAGUUCAGAAAUAUUGGUUAAUAUGUAUUUAAUACAUAUACACCCCUACCGUAUUCGGUUCAAAAAAAUAU